AGCAGACCGUAGUUAAUUUCAACUUAGCCACAAUUAGGAGUAUUCCGCCAAGAAAUGAGACUUUGUAGCGGCGCACUUCCCAUUCUCUUGGCGGUGAUAUUCACUAACCACGUCUGCUCGAAGCAACUCUUCACCAACAUGGAAACGUUCGACUUCGAAAGCAACGAAAUCGUGGAACAACCGGACGACGAAGGCCUGAGGUCGAACCGUUCGAACGUGGAGCGUAUCAACCUGACCUUGCCGGGUACGAAGUGGUGCGGUCCGGGAAACGUGGCCGACGAUUACGACGACUUGGGGAAGCACGAGGACGAAGACAAGUGCUGCAGAGAGCACGAUCACUGUGACAAUAUCGCUUCCGGGGAGGAGAAGUACGGUUUGAAGAACGACGACUAUUUCACCAGGUUGCAUUGUAAGUGCGAUCGAGACUUUCAGCAGUGUUUGAAGAAGAUCAACACCACCCUGUCGAAUCGUUUGGGAAGCUUCUACUUUGCUGUGCGAGACAAGUGCUACAAGAAACAGCAUCCGAUUGUGGAGUGUGGCGAAAAGAAAAAUAUGCUAUUUCUGAGGCGAUGCACUCGGUACGUUCUGGACAGUUCGAAGGAUCGUCAGUGGCAAUGGUUCGAUUUGCCAUUCUAUGAUGAUAAUAUGAUCAAUGAUUUCUACUGAAUAUUAAGUAUGAUUGUCCAAUAAAGAGACGUUACACCAAA